CUUCUAGUUCCUUCUUCUGGUGAAAAAUUUUCAUUAUCGUCUUUGUAGCCUAAGUGAAAACAUAAAUUUUCGAGUUCUGUGAAUAUUUCUGGUCGAACAUAAACUGAACUUGAGAAAAGGAAUCAGAAGAAGCCGCUUUCACCACAGUUUUCAGAAUUUAGUAGAGAGAAAAGAAAAGGAAUCAAGAUGAACAGGAUCUAUUAUUCGCCGAAAUACUACGACGACACCUACGAGUACCGACAUGUGGUGCUCCCCAGGGAGAUGGUUUACAUGGUGCCCAGGACCCGUCUGAUGUCCGAGUACGAGUGGCGUUCGCUUGGUGUGCAGCAAUCACCUGGAUGGGUUCACUACAUGAUCCACGAUCCAGAGCCGCAUAUCCUUCUCUUCCGCCGACCCAAAACUGAUCAGUAAAUGCAUAGAAGGAGGAUCUACGAGCUGUAACAAAUGAAGGAGAUAUAUACACCUAUAACUACACCAACACUUACACCAACAGGGUGCUGGUGUAAUCCUGCAACCCGCAGGCCCUUCCCAGGGCGGCUUUGAUGUGGUGGUGCAAGAACCAAACUUACUACAAGACUGCCGCAGAUGCUUAACUAACUAUACCUAUACCUGAAGAUAUAGCUUUAAGUAAAGCCAUGAACAUAUUAGGAGGGAGGAGCAAAUACCUGCGCUGAAGACUCCUCUUUCUCCUCGAAACGGCAGAACUUGUACACUUUCACCAAAACUUUCUUGUAAUUUGAUAAUUCCUAAAUAAGAAAAAUAUGUUAACACAUCAA